GCAACCAAGAAAGCUAUGCUCAACGCAGGCGCAAAUGAAGCAAAUCUCAACAUGGUGAUUGCGGAUGUGACCGAUCCUCAGGGUAGAAAACAAAUAAUUUCAAGUACUAUUGAGAAGUUUGGACAGUUGGAUAUUUUGGUCAACAAUGCCGGUGCUGCAUUCAACGGUGAUGAUGGCACAUCUGGUAUAUCUAACUCCACAACUUUGCUGGAAAAGAAUAUGAACUUGAAUGUCUACAGCGUAGUGGACAUGAUCCAAUUAGCCCGUCCAUACCUGGUAAAGACUAAAGGUGAAAUCGUCAACAUUUCUAGCAUUUGCGGCCAGCCAACAUCAGUGAGUUCACAACUAUUCCGCAAGUGCGGAUUUGAAAGGUACAGAACUCCCAAAAAUCUAUUACAGUAUGCACCCUUUGCCUAUUAUGCUAUGUCGAAGGCAGCGCUGGAUCAAAUGAUGAGAUCAGCAGCGAUCGAUUUGAUUAAGGAAGGAGUUCGAGUAAAUGGUGUGAGGUAAGA